UUUAAUAUUAGUUUUUAUCAAGUUUUUUUUCAGCAAUGAUUUUUUAGAAUGGCACUGAUGGAUCACACCUACGUCAUCCCCGCAAAUCAAGAAGAAGUUGGUGUCCCAAACAUCCACCUUCUGGAUCACACCUACGUCCAACAAUUGCCUGUGGUUCAGAUUCAAGCACAACAAGAAGAAAAUGGAGAAGAAGCACAAGCACAAGACAAAGAAGUGGAAGAAGCACCAGCGCAAGAUGAAGAGGAAGAAGAAGCACCAGCACAAAAUGAAUAUGAAGAAGAAGCUGCACCAAGGGACAUAUAGGAUAAUUCCCGGCAUUCGACUCAACUCGAAAUUUUAUGUGGACAAUUUUGGAUAUAAAUAUUAUCAAAAAAAAGUACUCAUCAAUCGAAUAAUGAUAUGUGAGCUAGAAAAAAAAGUCAACCGUCGUAUAUGUCAUGGUACAGCAUCCAUCAGUAGAAAUGAGAUGGACAACCACAUCUUGAUUGUAAACCCACACAAUCAUGAGCCCGGAGACAUUGAUUUAAAUGUACCAUUCCUGAGGAAUGCUCUCGGUGAGAGAGCUGUUGAUCGGACUAUCACAACUCAAUCAAUUCGACGUCUAUAUAAUAGCGAAAUAAUUAGGCAUCCCGAAGCUGCCAUUCGCUAUACAUUCCUCCAAUCACAAUCAAGGGCAAAAGGGACGAGACAGUCAAGGCGCCCACGGUUACCUAAGGACAUGCACGACCUUUCAGAAAUGUUGAAAGACCCCCGGAAUGCAAAUUAUGCUUCCACAUUUCAAAUUCCUGCAACUGCAUUUUUCAAUCAAGAAUUGAUUGUAAAUGGAGUAAGUAUUGGAAUUAUUUUUGCAAAUAUUUCUGCAAUUGAAAGGUAUCGUGAACAGUUGGCUACAGUAGAGAUGGUUGGAAUAGACGGUACAUAUAAGACGCGUCCUCAAGUGUCAGGAGACUUGCGAUAUUUCUUGACAUUUCAAAUACUCUACAAAAGUGUAGCAUUUCCAAUGGUCUAUGUCCUUUUGGGAAGUGAGACAGAAGAUAUAUACUCUGCGUUAUUCGCCGUGAUACGCAAUAUUCUACCAUUAAAUUAUGAUAGAAUACUGUUUGUUACUGAUUAUGAGCUUUUCUAUCACGGUAGUCAGAAUGCCACGGAUAAUUACUAA